AAUUUAGUAAUAAUUUCUAAAAACAACUUUACACAUUCAAUUUCCCCUAAAAUGGAGCUUUGGCAAAACAAAAUCGCUGUAGUAACUGGAGCCGCAUCUGGUAUUGGUGCUGCCACCUGUAAACUUCUUUUAGAAAAGGGUAUGAUUGUGGUGGGUCUUGAUAUUCGUCUCGAUAAAAUGGAAACACAAGUGAAAACUUCUUUGGCCAUAGAACAACAAACAAAUUUCCACUACUUCAAAUGUGAUGUCAGAGAUGAGGCGAAUGUCAGAGACACUUUUGCUGUUAUAAUAAAUAAUGCUGGUAUUAUACGACAAAAUGCUCUACUAAAUCCAAGUAAUUCUAAGGAUAUUAGAGACACUAUUGAUACUAAUCUCAUGGGGAUUGUUUGGUGUACUCGAGAAGCUUUUCAAAAUAUGAAAAAACGUAAUGUUGAUGGUCAUAUAACAAUUGUCAAUAGUAUUUGUGGUCGUUUAGUGCCAAAUAUACCGGGUCAAAGUACAAAUAUAUAUCCACCCUCAAAGCAUGCUGUUACUGCCUUGGUGGAGGUAUUAAGGCAUGAGCUUUUAGCUCAGGGUUCUAGAACAAAAAUUACGAGCGUUAGUCCUGGUGCCUGCCGUACUGGUAUUUUGGGCGAUGAUAUUCCAUAUCCAUCUCAUAUACCCGCCCUAAAUCCUGAAGAUGUUGCUGAUGCCAUUGUAUUUGGUAUACAAACACCAUCACAUGUUCAAAUACAUGAUUUAUUUAUACGUCCUCUGGGAUUUGAUUACUGAAAUUUUGAGUAACCGGUGGACUAUAUAAUUAUCAAUAAUACGAUUGUGUUUCUUUUAGAAAUUUUUCAAUAAUUUGAAGUGUUGUUUUCUAAUGGUGCUUAUUGACCAAUAAAAUGUUUAAUACUUCGUUCACACGACACUGUUAUUAAGAUAUCGAAUCUUGCAUGAAAUAUUGUAAUUUGAGUAUUUCUAAACAUCAUUACAG